AUGAAUAAAGAAGAUAGUUUUGAAUUUUUUGAGAAACAGUCAUUAAAUAUUUCAGCUCUCUUUAAUGAAAUCGUAGACACAGCUCUCUUCGAAAAUGACCAAAAUUUGGCUGAAUUGAAUGACCAGAAUUUGGUUGAAAUGGUAGAUACAGCUCUCUUCAAAUCAAACAACCAGAAUUUGAAUGAAAUAGUAAACACACCAACAGUCGGGCAAAUAUUUGAUCAGAAUAUAAUAAUAGUACUUGCUGAAGUCAUCAAUAUGCGUGUAAACACCAAGGCCAUUCGAGCCAGUUGUCCUAAAACAACAGACAUAUUAAGUCUAAGUUCUCUUUUCUUAAAUCAUAAUAACCAUCCAAUAAAAAAUAUAACAAACAAGUUUGCAGUUAAAUAUCGUGCAUUUUCUGAAGACAUGUUGAAAGAUAUUAAGUUUUGGACUGAAAUUGGUAAUCUAAAUAUGAGAACUCAAUCUCAAAUGUUAAUGAAAUGGUACCCCGACACUUUUUUUCUACCCCAAGAUCUUUCAAAUGCUAUACAAACAUAUAAGCAACAAAAUCGUGUUGAAUAUGAGACAGCUACCCUACUUAAUCAACUUCUAGAACGUAAAAGCGAAGACAAUAGAUGGCAUGACUUGUAUAUACAAUAUCAAGAUGUUAUACAACAUAAUAACACAUAUUCAACAAAUCGUUUUAAAAUAGUAUUGGGAUUUUUUGUAAUAGUAGAUAAUAAUAACCGGUCUCGAUUAGUAGAACAGGCUCUCAUAAGUGAUGAAACUACUGAAAGUUAUAAAUGGGUUUUACAAACUCUAAUUACUAAUACGGGAGUUAUACCAUUAACAAUAAUAACUGACAACGAUCUUGCUAUUAAUACCGCAAUUGCCAAUGUCUUACCUAAUAGUGUUAGAAUACAAGAUAAUGAAAGUAAAACUAUUUCAAGUUGCAGUUCUAGUGACGAUGAUUUUGUAGAA